AAUGGGAUCCGUAUCAGCAUCAUCAAAGUCUUUGACAUUCAGGGUGACUAGACAAAAGCCUGAGCUGGUCCGUCCGGCCAAAUCCACUCCUCGGGAAUGCAAGCUCCUCUCCGACAUCGACGAUCAAGAGGCUCUUCGGAUUCAAAUCCCUUUCAUCCAAUUUUACCGUAACCGCGAUGAUCCUGGCAUUAAUGAGAGCAGGAGGAGAUCAGACCCCGUGAAGGUGAUCAGGGAGGCUAUUGCAAAGGCUCUGGUGUUCUACUACCCGUUGGCAGGGCGUCUCAGAGAAGGCCCUGGAAGAAAGCUGAUGGUUGAGUGCACGGGAGAGGGUGUUCUUUUCAUUGAAGCCGAUGCAGACGUGACGCUGGAGCAGUUUGGGGAUGCAAUUCAGCCUCCAUUCCCAUGCCUGGAGGAGCUCCUCUAUGACGUUCCUCACUCUGGAGGAAUCCUUCACUGUCCUAUAGUGCUUAUACAGGUAACUCGUUUAAGAUGCGGCGGUUUCAUCUUCGCACUACGCAUGAAUCACACCAUUGCUGAUGGUGUUGGAAUCGCUCAAUUCAUGAAUGCUGUGGGAGAAAUCGCACGGGGAGCGUCCGCCCCAUCUAUACAGCCAGUAUGGCAGAGGGAGCUCCUGUAUGCUAGAGACCCGCCAAGGGUGACGUGCACCCACCACGAAUACGACGAGGUAGUCGUCGAUACCAAGGGAACCAUCGUUCCCCUGGACGACAUGGUCCAUCGCUCUUUCUUCUUUGGUCCGGCAGAGGUCUCAGCUCUGAGAAAAUCCAUCCCUCUUGACCUCAGUCACAAGUGUUCGACGUUUGAUAUUCUGACAGCCUUCCUUUGGCGCUGCCAAACCAUCGCCCUCCAAUACGAUCCCAACGAGGAAGUCCGCGUGAUCUGCAUUGUUAAUGCCCGCUUCAAGUUCAAUCCACCCUUGCCCCAAGGAUACUACGGCAAUGCCAUAGCAUAUCCAACGGCGCUGACGACGGCCGGACAGCUAUGUGAGAAGCCUGUGGGAUAUGCAGUGGAGUUGGUGACCAAGGCCAAACGUGUUGUGACGGAAGAUUACAUGAAAUCUGUGGCUGAUUUAAUGGUUAUCAAAGGGAGGCCUCGUGUCACUCUGGUGAGGACUUAUCUUGCAUCGGAUGUUACCCGGGCUGGGCUCAAUGAGGCGGACUUUG